GCUGCGCCCAAGAGAGAUCAGUGCAGUUGUUGACCAUGGCUCAGGCAGACAGCAGGGCUCUGGCUUUAGGCGUUCUGGCAGGAGCUGCAGGUAUCAGUCUGGCUGUCGUCUGCUUCCGCAGAGUUGGAGCUGGUGGUGGCAGAGUCCUUCAGCUGAGCAGUCAUUUGGAUCAUGUAGAUGGUCGUUUGGGUCUGCAAACGGGUCAGUCAGAAGUGCUGGAUCGACUGGGCGCUCUGAUCCACUGUGUGUCUGAGCUUAAAGAAGAGGUACGAGCCCUGAAGGAAGCGCUUCCACACCUACAAGACAAUGUCAGAGAUCAGCUGAGGGGUCCGAGUGGAGAGGAUGUUGGUGCUCGCCGGGUCAGUCCCCUUCAUAGAACUCCCACUAGAAGGAAAAGGGCAGGUGUCACAGCGAGGAGUGAAGGACAAAGCUCCGAAGAUGCAGAGAGUGAAGGAGGGUAUAUAACUGCACUGACAGAUUCUGAUGAAGAGCAAAGCGAUGAAGAUCUAAACCGGACAGUGAAGGAGCCGGUGGAUGAACUCGCAGCCCUACUGCAGAAAGCCGACCGUCUCCACAGCUGUAACGGAACAGAGAAAGCACAGGGCCUGGAUUUACUUCUAGAGAAGAAAGAGGAGUACAAUGAGAAGUGCCAGUAUCUUUGGCGGUUGUCCAGAGCCUACGCAGAUGCACACGAUUUCGCUGCGGACCUUGCAGAGAAAAAAAAAUAAAAAAAAAACGGUAAGAAGAUUGGCGAGGAGGCAAUUUCCAUCAAUCCACUGUGUGCUGAAAGUCAUCAGUGGUAUGCUAUACUCUGUGGACUCCUGUCAGAAUAUGAAUCUAUCCAGAAUAAAAUAAAAAAUGGCUAUCUUUUUAAGGAUCAUCUGGAUAAAGCGAUUGAGCUGAAACCCGAGGAUCCUUUGUCAUAUUACCUGUUGGGUCGCUGGUGUUAUGCUGUGGCACAGUGUACAUGGAUCGAGAGGAAAAUCGCUGCCACUUUGUUUGGAGAGCCGCCCAGUGCCACGGUCCAGGAAGCCCUGCAGAACUUCCUUAAGGCAGAAGAGAUCAGUCCCAAAUACUCCAAAUACAACUAUGUGUUUUUAGCCAAGUGUUACAAAGACUUGGGUCAGAGGACUCAAGCCCGUCAGAUGUGUGACGCCGCCUCAGCGAUGAGCGUCAUGACUAAAGAGGAUGAAGAAGCGCAGAAGGAAUUGGACUCUCUUGUCUCAUCUCUAUAAUAAAUCUCCAGCGAAAGGGAACAAAGACGUCUUUCUUUGUGUUCCAUCUCCUCUUUGGAACUGUGACUGGACUGUAGCCGUUUAUCCGCAGCGUAUGAAUAUACAUGAACUACAGAUGUUGGCCAUUCAAGAUGUGCGGAAAAACUAUUUAUGUGCAUUUAUAGUGCCUCCAUUUAAAGGGAGCACAUCAGCAAUACUGUUUUUACUUGACAGGCACACGAACGGUGUGGUUUUUAUAGGUCAUGCACCAUUGUACGCAUUUCUUCAGGACACUUUCUGUUCAUUCCGUUUGCCUUCUCUUAUUUUAGAGGUAACAGAAAAGACUAGCUAAGAUACGUCCUCAUGAGGAGCUGUUAUAAUUCGUUCAUUCAUAACCCUAAUAAUCUUCAAAUAGCCACAAGGGACAUGGGAAGAUGUCAUCUUUUAGGUGAUGUAAAAAAAAGUCUUCUACUCGGGUGAAAUGCCCAGUGGCCUAUUUACUGUAAGUGAAAUGACACCCUUAAACAAUGAAAAUCCCUGAGCAAGUAAAAGAGGGUUUCAGAAUUCGUAGAAUUAUGUCAUUGGAUUCCUUUGACUAUUGUGAACAGCACUCAUCCUCCAACAAACAAUAGUCUCAUGUAGCCACUUUUCAUUACUGGCGUAAAGUCCGGUCCAGUUUACGGUUUGUUCUGACCAUGUCUGAUCUUUCCUGGCAACUGAGACAGGAAAGAUCUGUUUUUCAUGAAAAGCGAACAGUCCUAUUUGUAUUUUACGUGCCGUUUUGAUAACUGUCUAAACUAUAACAAGAUCAUGUAAAAAGAUUAAAUAAUCUAUUAUGGCCAAAAAAGAGAUUAUCAGAAUUCAGUCAAAUGUCAUAUUUUCUGUAGAUAUGCAGUCUACAGAACCCUCCAUCUGGGUUCUCUGUGGAUUAUGUGUUAUUGUUGUAUUUCAUACUUUGAUAGCUGGGAUGUUCAUUUUGAAUCAUAUCAUAUAUAUAUAUUUAUAUAUAUAUAUAUAUAUAUAUAUAUACACAUUAUUUGUUUUGACCAAAGAGGAUUAAGAAAUCCCCUCCACCACUGCAUCAGACACAUUUUGGGGUACUGUAAAUGGUUUCAUUUUAUCCUCUUAUGAUGUUGUUUUUUGUGUUUAUAUUGAUAAUCCAGCAUAAUAGAUUUAAAUAUCUGAAAUGUAUAUUAAAAUGGUGCUUUUUAGAAUAAUAAUUUGUACAGUUCAUUUGAAACUGAUCAAAUUGGUUAAUGUAACGGUACGUACGAGGAUCACUGCUGCUCAAAAUAAAAAAUAUAAUGAAUUGAUGAAU